UGAUUAAUACGCAUUUACAAAAAAAAAAAAAAUCAAUCGAGUGCUGAUGUUGUCACCAGCCACCCCAAAAGUAAACUUCCCUUCCUUGGAGAACCAGAAUCUGAUAUUAUAUUCUCAACGCCAAACUCUCUCUCUUUUGUGCAUUCAUUCAGAGAGGAUAUAGAUAGUCAGGAGGCAUUUAAGUGAAUCUCCUAUCUUUUUGUACAUAAUACCUGUUCUGUAUGUAUAUGCAACAAACAGUCUCUCCUCUGUUUGCUACUUUCUAGUGAUCAGAAUCCAUCCCCCCCCCCCCCCCGGCAAAAAAAAUAAGAAGCUAUGUUGCUUGCCUGUAAAUUCCACGCAACUCCCCCACCGGUCUGUCUCUCUCUUCUUCUCUUCCUUUCUUUCUUUUCUUGCAACCUUGCCUGCACCCAAGUCGACCAUGAUUCUCUUCUCUCCUUUCUCCUCAACCUUUCUUCCUCUCCUCCCUUGAAUUGGAUCAAUAAUACAGCCUCUGAUUGCUGCACCUGGGAAGGUAUUUCCUGCGACCAAAAUGGAUCUGUUACCCAUCUCUGGCUUCCACACAGGGGUCUUGCAGGCCCCAUCUCUUCCUCUCUCACCCGCCUCAUCAGCCUCUCCCAUCUCAACCUCUCCCUCAAUUCACUCUCAGGUACCAUCCCACCUCGACUGCUCUCCCUCCAUCAUCUCCAGACCUUGGAUUUGAGCUUUAACAGACUCUCCGGUCAAUUCCCACCUCCUUCGCCCCUUGAUCGCACCCCCCUCAGCCUACGCAUCAUCAACGUGUCCAGCAAUUCUCUCACCGGAAACUUCCCUUCCAUCAAUCUUGCUUUCAAUCUCACCGCCAUGAAUGCUAGCAACAACGACUUCUUGGGUCCCAUCCCCUCCUCCAUCUGCGCCAAUUCCAGUCAAAUCACGCUUUUGGAUUUCUCCUCCAACAAAUUCAGCGGCGUCAUCUCCCAAGGAUUCAGUGGCUGUCUUAAGCUGGAGGUCUUCCGCGCAGGUUUCAACAAUCUGUCAGGACAGAUUCCCAUCGAUCUUUAUGAUGCAGUGGGCCUGCAGCACCUAUCCUUGCCCUUCAACAGACUCUCAGGACGCCUCGACAGUGAACGAAUGGUCCGACUCACCGAUAUAACACUUGUUGAGCUCAAUAACAAUGAAUUGAGCGGUGAGCUCCCACAGACCAUCGGGAAGCUAACAAACUUGGAACAGCUGCUUAUCCAUGCUAACAAUCUGAGUGGUUCUUUGCCAUGGUCUCUGACUAAUUGCACCAACCUCAAAUCUCUCAACCUGAGGGGCAACUCAUUGGAUGGGGAGAUCUCUGCCAUCGACUUCUCCAACCUCUCCCAACUGAGCACGCUGGAUCUUGGCAACAACAACUUCAAUGGUAGCUUGCCAAUCAGCCUCUACCGUUGCAGGUCCCUAACUGCAUUGCGACUGGCAAAGAACAGACUCAGGGGUGAAAUCCAGACCGACAUGCAGGCUCUUCAAUCCCUGUCCUAUCUCUCACUCUCUAACAAUAGGCUGACAAACAUUACAGGCGCGUUCCGGGUAUUGGCACGUUGCAGGAACCUCACUGCUGUGCUACUCUCAAAAAACUUCCUCAGAGAAACUGUUCCAGACAACCAUGAUGUUGAUUCAGUUGCAUUCCAAAACCUCAGGGCUCUGAGUCUGGCAGGUUGCCAGCUCACUGGUGGCUUACCCAUCUGGUUAGCCAAUCUCAGGAAGCUGGAGGUCUUGGAUCUUUCCCUCAAUCGUCUGGCCGGUUCAAUCCCGAGGUGGUUGGGCUCCAUGCCAAGUCUCUUCUACAUGGACUUGUCUAGUAAUCUUCUUUCAGGGGAAUUGCCGCUGGAAUUAAUGAGCUUGCCAACCUUGGUUUCGGAACAGGCUGCGGCCCGGGUGGAUCCAAGCUAUAUAGACCUGCCCGUCUUCGUCAAGCCCCACAACGCAUCCAGUUUGCAGUACAAUCAGCUCUCUGACUUGCCCCCAGCAAUAUACCUGAGAAACAACAGCCUUGGCGGAGUGAUCCCUCCAGAAAUAGGUCACUUGCAGGUUCUUCUAGUGCUGGAUCUCAGCCAUAACAACUUCUCAGGAAAGAUUCCUGACCAGCUUUCCAAUCUUACCAACUUAGAACGGCUAGAUCUUUCCAAUAACCAUCUCUCAGGCAUAAUCCCUCCAUCACUGAAGAGCCUCCACUUCUUGGCUUUGUUUAGCGUCGCUGAAAAUAAUCUACAGGGGCCGAUUCCUUCAGGAGGUCAAUUUGAUACCUUUCCCAACUCCAGCUUUGAAGGGAAUUCUGGACUGUGCGGGAUGCUUCUUCUACGACCUUGCAGCAGCAACCGUCAACCACCCCCUGUGCCACCCAGAUACCCCAACAACAAGAAACUCCUUGUGGGACUCAUUCUCAGCAUCUGUUUUGGAGGUGGUUUUGUUAUAGCUGGGCUGCUAGCUUUGUGGAUGCUGCUGUCGAAAAGAAGAGUCAACCCAGGAGGGGGUGAUGGUGAUGAUGGCAACAACAUGAAGGAUGUCAAUCUCGAUAAUCUCAUUUCUUCACGCAACUCCAGUUGUGGACCUGAUAACAUCAUCAAGGACUCCACUUUGGUUAUGUUGUUUCCUGAUAACACUGACACCGAAUGUAACAAGGAUCUAACAAUCUCUGACAUCUUAAAUGCUACAAACAAUUUUGACCAGGCCAACAUCAUCGGUUGUGGGGGUUUUGGGCUGGUCUACAGAGCUACCUUAGCAGAUGGCACCAAAUUGGCCAUCAAGAAACUGUCAGGAGACUUGGGCCUGAUGGAAAGGGAAUUCGAGGCCGAAGUGGAAGCCUUGUCAAUGGCUCAACAUCAGAAUCUGGUCUCUCUGCAAGGUUACUGCAUGCAUAGGAGCUCCCGGCUGCUGAUAUAUGCGUAUGUGGAGAACGGGAGUUUGGACUACUGGUUGCACGAAAAGGUGGAUGGCGGAUCCAGGCUGGAUUGGCCCACAAGGCUGAGGAUCGCUCAGGGGGCGAGUAGGGGGCUUUGUUACAUGCACCAGACAUGUGAGCCCCACAUCGUGCACCGGGACAUCAAAUCCAGCAACAUCCUUCUUGAUGGAGAUUUUGAAGCACGCGUUGCAGAUUUCGGGCUGUCGAGAUUGAUACUUCCCUAUAAUACACACGUGACAACCCAACUAGUAGGGACGCUGGGCUACAUCCCUCCUGAGUAUGGGCAGGCUUGGGUGGCCACCUUGAGAGGAGACAUUUACAGCUUCGGGGUGGUUAUGCUGGAGCUACUCACAGGGAGGAGGCCCAUUGAGGUUUUCAAGCCAAAGGUGUCAAGGGAGUUGGUUGGGUGGGUGCAGCAAAUGAGGUGUGAGGGAAAGCAAGAUCAAGUUUUCGAUCCCUUGCUAAGGGGCAAAGGGUUUGAAGGCCAGUUAUUACAUGUGCUCCAUGUUGCUUGCAUGUGUGUCAAUUACAACCCUCUCAAACGGCCUAACAUCAAGGACGUGGUUGGUUGGCUGCACAAUAUUUUGUAGUUUGUAGGGGCUCAUUCCACAAAAAUGGUUUCUGUCGCUGGUUGGUUGUUUGUUCAACUCCCACUGCUCCUGUACAUACUUCUCAGCAACUCAUACACUUCACAUAAAACCCCUGGGGCUUGCAGUCACACCUUGAUUCCAUCAAUUGAUUGAAUAAAAUUAACUCUAAUUUUAGGUAA